AUAUAAAAUAUAUAUUGAGUAAGCAAUCGAGCAGCUAUUAUUGUACACCAAGUGAGAAAAUAUUUCGUAUUUAAAUUUAAUAUUAAUUCCAAAACAAACAAAAAAAAUCAAGUUUAUAAAGAAAAUCUUGCAAAUCAACACCACCAAAGAAAACCAACUAUUACAGAGCUAAAGUAAAAAAUAAAUUAACGAAUUACAACAAAAAAUAAUCAUUUUUACAACUCAACCUCUUUGAUAAAAAAACAAAAUUUGAACAAAAAAGUUAAAAAACUUUUAUUGGAGGUUAAAAAAAAGAAAAGAAAAAUAAACCAAAUGUUCCAUAUUAAAAUACAACAACAAAUAAAUUUAUAAAAUUUAAUACUUAGUCAAAUAAUUUAUGCUAAAAUAACAACAACAAAAAACCCAAAAACUUUUUGCAUUUUUGCAAUUUUAUAUUAAAAAUAAAAGAAAAACCCCAAAAUAUAAAAAAAUACUCAACAAAAUCAUUAGUAAAAUUUACUCUUUUAACUUUUAUUAAAAAAAAAAACAAAAAAGAAAAAUUAUAAAAUUUAAACAAUUUUAAAUUAUAAAUUUAUGAUCUAAAUACAAAGAUCUAAAACUCCAAAAAAGAAACUCUCUUAAUAUAAACAAAAAAAAACAAAACUACGCUUUUAAAUUAAAACCCCCUAACAUUUAAAACAUUAACAACAAAAAAUUCUUCUUAAACUUGUGCUAAGCGCAAUCAAAGCUUUUUUUUAAAAAAAAUCUAAAAAAACAAAAACUAAAUUAAGUCCAGGCGUUACAAAAUCCUUACACGUUGUUAGCUCAACUUUAUUGUGUUGCUUAAAACCCAGUCGCCAGAGAAAAGCUUCAAAAUUACUCUCCAACCGCAAAGAAUUCCACAGCCAACAGCAGCCCAACAACUAAAAAUGACCAAUGCCAUGGAUAUUGUCAAGAAUGGCAGCACCAAUGGGUCUGUCGAUGGCAACUCAGAUGAGUCGCGCACCAAUCUAAUUGUCAACUAUCUGCCGCAAACAAUGACCCAAGAGGAGAUGCGCUCCUUGUUCUCCAGCAUUGGAGAGCUGGAGAGUUGCAAGCUGGUGCGCGAUAAAGUCUCAGGUAAUUUGGUUUUGCCAGCCUCUUUGACAGCUUUAAAUCCAGCUUUACAGCAAGGUCAGAGUUUGGGCUAUGGUUUCGUUAACUAUGUACGGCCAGAGGAUGCUGAGAAGGCGGUCAACACUUUGAAUGGUUUGCGUUUACAAAAUAAGGUGAUUAAAGUAUCAUACGCCCGUCCAAGUUCGGAAUCAAUCAAGGGUGCUAAUUUAUAUGUAUCGGGUCUUCCCAAAAAUCUAUCACAACCAGACUUGGAAUCAUUAUUUGCACCAUAUGGCAAAAUAAUAACAUCUCGUAUACUCUGUGAUAAUAUAUCGGAUGUUAAACCUUUAACUAUAAAGCAAGAAAUUGAUGUUUUAGCUAACAAAAUUACAGGAGAAUUUGGUCUCUCAAAGGGUGUUGGUUUUAUACGUUUUGAUCAACGCAACGAAGCCGAACGUGCAAUACAAGAACUGAAUGGUAAAACUCCUAAAGGUUAUACAGAACCUAUAACUGUUAAAUUUGCCAAUAAUCCAAGCAAUAGUGCUAAAGCCCAAAUCCCACCACCAUUGGCGGCUUAUCUAACACCACAAGCAGCUGCUGCUACGCGACGUUUAGCUGCCGGCGCUUUGCCCUCAGCUGGUCGCAUUAGCAUUGGAAAAAGCCCGAUGUUAGCGAUUAACAAGGGUUUACAAAGAUACUCUCCCUUGGCUGGUGAUCUAUUGGCCAAUUCUAUACUGCCCGGUAAUGCUAUGACCGGCUCGGGUUGGUGUAUAUUUGUGUAUAAUCUGGCCCCGGAAACGGAGGAGAAUGUGUUGUGGCAAUUGUUUGGACCAUUUGGUGCCGUCCAAUCGGUUAAGGUUAUACGUGACCUGCAGACCAGCAAAUGCAAAGGUUUCGGUUUCGUUACCAUGACCAACUAUGAUGAAGCGGUUGUGGCUAUACAAUCAUUGAAUGGUUAUACUUUAGGCAAUCGUGUUUUGCAAGUUAGUUUUAAGACCAACAAAACCAAAACAUCUUAAAUAGUUAAAAUGGUUGACAAAAAAUAAAUAAUAACUUUUUUUUAGAACAAACAAAACAAAAGAGAAACUUACUAGUCAAAUUUUCUUUAAAACAAAUUUCUGUUUUUUAUUUUAAAUAAAUUAAAACUAACUAAAAUAUUUAGACAAAAAAACCAAACAACAACUCUCAAAAAAACCAACCAUAACACAAACCUUUUUAGCCACAAAAAUAAAAAACAACCAGGAAAAUUUAAAUUUGAAAGAAAGCAAAAAAACGAUAAAACCAAAUAAACCUCCUAUAAACACAAACAAAAAAAAUUUAUUUAAAACAAAAUAUAGACAUUAUGCGUCUUUAAAAGCUAGUAAAACAUCUAACAAACCAAAAAAAAAAAAACUAAAAUUCUCAAACCAACAGCACAUUAUGUAGCGCAAAAAUAUUAUUUAUAAUUUAAUUAAUAAAUUUAAUAAUUUAUAUAAUUUCUAUUUUUUAUUAAAAAAAAACUAAUUUAAAUUUUUAAUAAUUUACUUACUCUCUCUAUAAAAAAAACCAAAAUAAAACCAUAUAUUUAAACUAAAAUAACAAAAAAAAAACACAUAAUUAAAAUAUUAAUUAACCAUAACUUUAUUAUAAUAAAUGUUUAUUACUUCAAAAAGAAAAUUGCAAAAACAAAAAACCAAAAACCAAACAAACUUAAAUAUUUAUUAACAAAACCAAAAAAAAAAACUCUUAAAAAAACCUAAACUAAAAAAAAUAUAUUUGUAUCAGUGUGUAAUAAUAUUUUUUAGACAUAUUUAUGUUUAUUAUAUUAAAUUCUUAAUAAAA